AUGCCUCCGGAGAUAUCAAACCAGCAACACUUGGAGGCGAGUAGUCAUUUAACGACGGAGGCAGACUCUCCCUCUGAACCAGUUACAUCACCUCCCCUGACGUCACAACAGUGGAUGCAAGUUUUGAAUGCCUUUGUAGUAUUCCUGAACACAUGGGGCCUUCUUCUUGCAUUUGGAGUCUUCCAAACAUACUGGGAACAGGUGCAGUUCCCGGACAGAUCCAGCUCUGAGAUAUCCUGGAUUUCAACCGUCAGCGGCUUCCUACUGUUAUUUAGCGGCAUCAUAACUGGCCCUCUCUUCGAUUACGGCUAUUUCCGGUCGUUGGUCGUGGCAGGCAGCCUGUUAGAGGUUUUCGGGUUAAUGAUGAUUAGCCUUUCGACGAAAUACUACCAAGUCUUUCUUUCUCAGGGUAUCUGCAUUGGUCUGGGCGGGGGCAUGCUCUACGUUCCUAGUAUUGCUGCCGCGGCCGCGAGCCUACAAGAGUUUCGCCGCGCCAAAUUUAUAGGGCUCAUUGCGUCCGCCACUGGCAUAGGCGGCGUGAUCUACCCGAUCAUGUUCCGCCAACUCUUGUCCAGCGUAGGAUUCCCCUGGGCAGUCCGCAGCAUUGCCUUUGUCGUUUUCGCAACCUAUCUCUUAUCCUGGGCCAUUUUACCCUACAAGACUGUCCAGAACACUACCAUCCGACAAUGGUUCGAUAGUUCAGCGCUUACCGAACCUCCAUUCGUCUUAGCCAUUAUCUCCGCCUUUCUUGCCGGGGUCGCCUACUAUCUCCCACUAAUCUACCUCCCUUUGUUCGCCGAAACUGCCAUCCUAGCCCUUCACAACACAGACCUACCCUUCUAUCUCAUCUCUAUCGUGAACGGGGCGUCUGUAUUUGGCCGUCUCUUCGCCGGGCUCCUCGCAGUGAGAGUUGGACCAUUCGAAACAUGCACUGCAGGGCUAGCUGCCAGCGCCUCUCUGCUCUUCUGCUGGGUUGCAGUGAGUUCAAAGGUGGGUGUCAUCGUCUGGUCUGUCUUCUGGGGCCUCACAUCCAGCAUCAUUGUAUCGAUGCCCGGAGCGAUGCUUCCGUUGCUUUGCGCGUCGUUUUCGGUAUUGGGGACAAGGACGGGGAUGUACUGGGCUAGCGUUGGGCUGGGGGUUUUGGUUGGGGGGCCUAUUGGGGGGCGUUGUGACCGGUGUCGGACUCGUCAUAUACGAUGCAAAGGAGGCUCAGGUGGCAAUUCUUGCCAUGGUUGCCGGCGGGCAAAUAAGCCAUGCACAAGCCGCAAGGAUGGCAUGUUCCGCUUUGUUGAGUACACCUCUGCAGAGAACGAUUCGGGGGAUCAUCAAAUCCAGCCUAGCCUUCCGGCAAGCAACAUUACUUUUAUUAGCGAGAACAAUGCAGACUUUGACAACAAUGGUCAAUCCAACAGCAGGCCAGCGGACCAUAGCGACUAUCAGCAGUCGUUCCAAUAUUCUCCUUCACAGGUCCCGACAUCAUAUCCCGUCGGGUCUCAAUCUCUCCUUUCGCCCUUAAAAAGUGAGUAUGAGGCGUCUCUUUUCAAAUACUUCAUGACGUCCCUCUCUCCUUGGUUUGACUACUGCGAUCCGAACCGGCAUUUUUAUACAUACAUCGCCAGCUCUGCGUCUAGUAAUCCUAUCCUUUUGUAUGCUGUUCUAACAGUGGCUGCUAGACAUCAGCGCUCGCAUUCAGAGCGCGAGCAAUCGAUUGCGGAUGAAUAUCAACAAUACUGUCUUGAAUCAUUGAUAUCCGCCCUUGAUGACUCUGAGAAGACAUUAGAUGAGUCACUCUUUGCAUCGGCAGUAAUUCUUCGUCUCUCUGAAGAAAUGACAGGUGUGUGGAACCUUGUUCUGAAAUCCUGCACUUACCAAAGGGCAUGUAUUAAGUCGUCACAUGCAGAGCCUUCUCCCAGGGAAGUCGUAGACUCCCACACCCUAUCUGCCCAUAUCCUUGUUCGAAUCAAAGAAGGAAAUAUCUGCACAUCAAGCUUCACAGAUGCAGCCUUGAUCGUGGUCUUGCGACAAGAGAUCUUCGUCGCUAACUUGACACAACGGCCGGUGGGGUCUUUCACUGACCACUGCAAUAUCGACACGUCACUGGGUCCGACUUCUGAAGCAAUGUGGACGUACCGGAUCAUCGCCCAUGCGGCCAAGAUAACCGACUUUGUGUAUGGGGACGUCAUGUUCAGGACCAAGGAUCGCUGGAACGAUCUUAUGCAGUACGUCCAGGACUGGGAAGACAGCAGGCCGAAUUCCUUCAUGCCGAUUUAUAGCGAAACGAAGAAUCCACCGUCUAGUUGCUUCCCUAAGAUCUGGUAUUGUAACGACUGUCACGUCGCGGCCCGUCUGUAUUUGGAACUAUGCCGCAUCCUCCUCUUGGCGUCUGAUCCAGAUGCCACAGCACUUCGAAUUGGGCGAUUGCGUCGUAUGCAAGAUAAUGAUGACAAGAUACGGAAGUGCGUUCGAGUCAUAUGUGGGGUUGCUCUCACAAAUCCUGAGUUCCAUACUACCCGAUCUAUUGCAGGCUUGGCGAUCGGGUUAUGCGGCGAACUAUUCCAUGACCCGAGGGAAACUAAGGUUCUCUUGGAUUUGUUAUCUGCCGCAGAAUUACAUCUCGGGUGGCCUUGUUUGAAGUUGAAGGAAGAUUUGCGGAGGUUUUGGAGGCUACCCGUGGUUGAAGCCUAA